GAUCGUGUUUGUUUUUUUGUUUUGUUGUUGUUGUUGUUGUUGUGUUGGAGUUGAACGACGGAGAUCAACAGUUUUGGUCUUGAGAUUUGAGGUUAGGCUUGUUUGAAACUUUAAUUAAUUAGGCCCAGCUUAAAUUUUAUUCGAUUGGAUUGUAUUUGUGUUUUGUUAUGUUGAUUGAAUUACAAGUUACAAGCAAAAAUAUAAAAUUACGCCAAUUAAAUUUAAGUUUUCCUGUUUUAACUUAGAUAACGUAUAAAAAAAUAUAUAAAUAAAUACUAGGCCUACUAAAUGUAUUUAAUUUUGAGAAAUACCUUGUUAUAUUGUUUUAUGUUUACUUAUCUAGUCAUGAGUGGGGAUAGCAAAAAGUGUCAUUCGUUCUAUCGUGAUUCGAAAUACUACUUGAGUACUAAAACCCCUUACAGUUACAUUGCCAACAACACCGAUGAUCCACUUUAUUUUAAUGGUUGUUCACCCACAAGAAUUUGGGCGAUUAUUCGUCAUGGAACAAGAAAUCCCGGAAGAACACUAGUUGACAAAAUGAGGAUUAAUUUGCCAGCAUUAAAAACAAUCGUCAUUGGACAUCAUGAAUCAGAAAAAGGCAACUUGUGUUCGGAGGUGGUUGAAAAACUAAGGACAUGGGUGCCUUCUGCCGAUCCUUCAGAACUCAAAUUUUUAACCCACGAAGGAGAGGAAGAAAUGAUCUUGCUGGGUGAAAGAUUUCAAAACCGUUUUUUGGAUCUUCUUCCUGAAACAUAUUCCAAUAAGACUUACAAGUUCAGGCACACAGCAACCCAACGAGCCAGAGAAAGUGCUCGAUCCUUUACAGUCGGAUUGUUUGGUCGAAAGCAGAAGGCAUAUGUUUGGUAUCCAGAGGCACUUGCCAAAGAUCCAAUAUUGAGGUUCUACAAGCUGUGUGACAAAUGGCAAGUGGAGGUUGAUAAGAACCCAGAAGCACUCAAGGAGUUGGAAAAAUUCAAAACCAAACCCAUUGUAACAAGGAUGUUGGAAAACAUCUCCCAGAGGAUUGGAAUGACUAAUAGGUUUAAGUUUGAUGAUGCCAAACUUAUCUACCAGACGUGCGGUUUUGAAACUGCUUGGCAUCCAAAGAGCCCAUCACCUUGGUGCGGACUUCUCUCCAAGGAUGACUUUGAGAUACUCGAGUUCGCUUCAGACUUGGACUAUUACUGGAUUGAUGGUUAUGGAUUCCCCAUCAAUUACCAACAAGCUUGUGUAGCUGUGAAUGACAUGUUUCAGCAUCUAACAGAUGAAAGGUAUCCUCAGAAUACUUUUUAUUUCACACAUUCUGGAACUAUUCUCAAAGUUUUGUCAUACCUGGGACUGUACAAAGACCCUCAACCUUUACAAGCAGAUCUGUUCAACAAGUCUAGACUCUGGAGAACUUCUCAGAUUGACGCCUUUGGUAGUAACUUGGCCUUCAUACUUUACAAGUGCAAAGAUGGAGACAAGAUCCUGACUCUUCAUCAAGAACGACCUGUCACACUUCCUGGUUGUCCAGAGGGUGACCUUUGUCCGUUGGAGACUCUCAAGAAGGUUUACCAACAUAGCAUCAACGAGUGCAACUUUCAGAAACUCUGUCGGCUUGAUAGAGAUUUGUGAUCCUAAAUUGCAAAACCUAGAUUAUUUACUCCCAUUUAGUAGCUUCAACAAAACAAUGUUUCAUAAAAAACAUGAAAUAACAAGAAUUUUUACAAAUAAAAUUCAAGUAAUAUCAAUUAUAUUAAAAGCUCUCAAACCUUCUUGUCAAAGUGAAUGAAGUGAAUGAUGUAGUAACUGUUCAUGGGACUUUAGAUUGUAAAUCAGUUAAAAAUAUUUGAAAUGUGAAUUUACUAUUUAUGUACCUGAAAAUGUGACUUAUUUUACACUGUAAACGAUUGCAUUGCAUUUUUGCUCUGCUGCCCAUCCGGUGAUUUUAUUGUUGAAUGUUGAUAAACACAAAGUUUUGCCUUUUUCACAGAGAAGAAAAGAUAAAAGGGUAGUACAUUAUUGUUUAUUAAACCACCCCAGUUGUUGAGUCUACAUAUCCAGAUGACAGUGUCAUCAGACUUAUCCACAAAAUAUUGUUCGUACUCUAUAUUGAUACCUAGCUGCAUGGCAUCGUAUACAUAUCCUUUCUUCUUUGUGCAUCUCCAUGGUGGAAAAUGCAUAGGUGUGCUAUUCCCCCCGUCAUUUGCUGACAUCACCCAGAUUGCAAACAAUCAGCUGAUUUAUUGCCAUAUAAGUAUAUAUUUGUUUUGAUUUGAUUGUUAUUGUUUUUAUAAUUUUUCUGAUAAAAUGGUGUUUGCAUUCUGAGUGACGUCGGCAUAUGACGGGAAUAGCACACCUAUGUAUUUUCCUUCCACCAUGGUGCAUCUCCUAUAGACUUUAAACUAUAAAUAUACUACAUGUAAAUCAUUGAUUAAGCUUUACUUAAUUUUGUUAUGUACACGUGUUUAACACGUUCGCUACCACAAUUAUAUGGAAUUUACGUUCGCAUAGACCAGCGACGCAAUUGUGCGUCGACUUGUUUCUCACAAUAGACCACCGACGCAUAUUUGCGUCAGCUGGUCACAUUGAAAUAGACUAACGACGCACUGUUGCGUCGGUGUUCAAUGUUAUUAAUCAGGGUAUUUCUUAGCAACGGUCUAUUUUAAAGCCCUGAUUUUAUCAUAUCGGUUUAGAGGGAUAUCUGCCGCAAAUGUGCGUGUCGCUUGGUCUGUGGAUAUGACGAUUGGUUACGUCACACAACAGUUGGCAACAUUGUUGUUUACAUUGUGUAUUCCGCGACAUCACAGAACAGAUGUAAACGUUAUAACCUUUGUAGUUUUGGCUAGUGUUUAUUGGAGUUUCUUUAUUGGUUUGUGUAAAAGCUUGAAACAACCAAAUUUACAACGACGCUUACGUGCGUCGCCUGGUCUAUUGAAACGAAAAUGUAAUCUUUUUAACUGGAUUUCAUUAAAUAGACUGACCGACGCAUAUAUGCAGCGUUUAAAAAUUUGCUCAAAACAAUACAUAAAAACAAUAUUUAUUGCUUACCAAUUCACUUAAGGUUAUUAUGAAGUCAAUUAGUCCAUUUAAACGAUAUUUCUCUUUUGGUCUGUCGGCAAUGUUAUUCCUAUAUCACUUGGUCUGUAAGGAACGUCAUGAUCAUUCCUUUUGGUCUGUAGGAGUGACCGGACCGACGCAAAUGUGCGUCGCUCGGUAGCGAACGUGUUAAAUCACAUUAUUACCAAACCAAUGUACAGUUGUUUAGUUGGUAGUAUUCAUAGCUAUAAUUUGAAAUAAAUCUAUAUUUAUUUAA